AUGGAUGCAAUUUCGUUUGCCAGCGACAGAGCAAUCAACUUCCUGCAGUCCUCGACAGGAAAAUCUGCCGCUAUUCUUUUUUCCUCAGGAGUCGAGAGGAACAACUGGGUGAACGCCAAGAUGUUGAAAUUGGUAGCUCUUUUUGCUCUCGUCAUGAUAGUCACCGCACAAAUGGGUCCGGGAGGUCCGGGAGGUCCGGGCGGCCCGUUCAGGAUGGAAAUUCCUGGAGUUAGCGCAGCCAGUAUGGAAAGACUCCAUCAGAUGAUGAAUCCUCGACCAAAUGGAUUCCAAGAAUUCAGGCAAAGAAUUGAACAAUGGGAAAACAGUCUACCUGAAGCAGAAAGGCAAGCAGCUCAAGCUCAUAGAGAGCGGAUGCGCCAAAGACAUCGCGAAUUUAUGGAAAAAGGUAUCCCUGGAGUGAGCAAAGAAAGCAUGCAAAGACUUCAUGAAAUGAUGAGAAAUAGUAGACCAGAGGGUAGGGAAGCAUUCAGACAGAGAAUGGAUGAAUGGGUGAACUCAUUGUCGCCAGAGGAAAGAGCAGCGGCAGAAGCACACAGACAACAAAUGCGUGAAAGAUUCAGAAACUUUAGAAAUCGUCAAGCUCAAUAAGUUUUACCAUCAGUUUGCGAUGCAACUGUUUUUGAUGUGUUUCUGUUGUAAUUUCGCAAUUACUAUAAUAAACAGAUGGAUUUUUUAUUGUCCGUAUUGUACGCAACCUGG